AUGGCUCAGGCGCUGCCCACGGCCAUGGCGAUGCAGGCGAAGCUCAUGGCCCUCGCCCGCUCGUCCUCCAGCGCCGUCUUCUCGCUCUCCAACUUCGACAUAGCCCGGAAUAUCGUCUUCUUCGUCUUCCUGCUGCGUCUGCUGCGCCGCUCGUUCUACACCCUCCGCGGCCAUGGCAUCUUCGGCACCCUGCGCAACUUCUACGUCUACCUCCGUCUGGUCUUCUACUCGCUCUUCCUGCGCGCCCCGGGCGUCCGCUCCCAGGUCGACCAGCAGGUCAAGACCGCCCUGACCAAGCUCGAGCAGAAACUGGCGCCCCAGGAGCCCGGCAUGGUCAAGUUCGUCAGUCUGCCCAGGAAGGGCAUGAGCAACGACCAGGUCAUGGCCGAGCUCGAGAAGCUGGGCGGCAUGAAGCAUACCAUGUGGGAGGACGGCAAGGUCAGCGGCGCCGUCUACCAUGGCGGAGACGAGCUGUUGAAACUGCAGACCGAGGCCUUUGGGCGGUUUGCCGUCUCUAAUCCUAUCCAUCCUGACAUCUUUCCGGGCGUCAGGAAGAUGGAGGCUGAGGUCGUUGCCAUCGUCUUGUCGCUGUUUCAUGCGCCGGACGGAUCUGCUGGUGUGACUACCAGCGGCGGAACGGAGUCCAUCCUGAUGGCCUGUCUGUCUGCUCGCCAAAAGGCCCUGGCCGAGCGUCGGGUCACCGAGCCUGAGAUGAUCAUACCGGAGACCGCCCAUGCGGCAUUCACCAAGGCCUGCAAGUACUUCGGCAUCAAGCCGCACUACGUUGCCUGCCCGGCCCCAGACUACAUCGUGGACAUCUCUGCCGUCCGCCGGCUCAUCAAUCCCAACACCGUGCUGCUGGUCGGAUCGGCCCCCAACUUCCCCCAUGGCCUGGUCGACGACAUCCCGGCCCUCUCCCGCCUGGCCGUCACCUACAAGCUCCCCCUGCACAUCGACUGCUGUCUGGGCUCCUUCGCCAUCGCCUUCCUCAAAAAGGCCGGCUUCCCUUCCCCCUACGAGGACCAGGGCGGCUUCGACUUCCGCCAGCCGGGCGUCACCAGCAUCAGCGUCGACACCCACAAGUACGGCUUUGCCCCCAAGGGCAGCUCCGUCGUGCUCUACCGCCACCGCUCGCUGCGUACAUACCAGUACUUCGUCAUGCCCAACUGGCCCGGCGGCGUCUACGCCUCUCCCUCAAUGGCCGGCUCUCGUCCCGGCGCCCUGAUCGCAGGCUGCUGGGCCAGCAUGAUGGCCGUCGGCGAGUCCGGCUACAUCGACAGCUGCCACCAGAUCGUCAACGCAGCUCGCAAGUUCGAAAGGGCCAUUCGUCAGAACCCCAGUCUGCGCUCUACCCUCGAGGUCGUGGGUAAGCCCAUGGUAAGUGUCGUUGGAUUCGCCUCGUCCACUCCCGAGGUAGACAUCUACGAUGUUGCGGACGCCAUGACCAAUAUGGGCUGGCACUUGAAUGCCCUCCAGUCGCCUCCUGCAAUGCACGUUGCGUUUACCUUGCCUACCGCCAACGCCGUGGACCAGCUGAUUGACGAUCUGACCACUGUGGUGCGCGAGGAGGUGCUCAAGGCCGAACAGCGACGGGCUGCGGGCGUCAAAGUCGAGAAGAAGCGCGGCGAUACCUCGGCCUUGUACGGCGUUGCAGGCAGCAUUCCGGACAAGAGCAUUGUUCUUCGUCUCGCAGAGGGCUUCCUCGAUACUCUCUAUCUCAACUAA